AGAAAUGCUGGUGAAGGAAGGUUUUGUUUUUCUUUUGAGCGUACUUUCUUCUAGUGUUAUUUAUUCUUAUGAAAACGCCCAAAUUGAUGCAAUAAAAGAGCUAGACAAUUAUUUAACAGAAGAUGACAGUAAAAGUGAUCUUAUCAAACCAGCCGUUGCAACUACACACUAUAAACAUACAAAAGUCUUUCAAUCAAAUGGAAAUGUGCGAAAUUACGAUGAUCUCACUCUAAAAUUAAUUCAAAAUAUAAAAAAAUAUGCAUUGGAAAAUAAAGUUAACUUUUGUGAUUUACUACCUAUGGUACUGAGAGGUCUUUACCAAAGAAAAGAGAUUGUGUGUGGUCAUUCUGCAUCAGAUCCAAUUUGCAAUCAUCGUACAGAAAAUGAUGGCCACUUGAUGGAUUAUGCGCCAAUCCAAACACCUUACUAUUUUGAUAAUAAAGAUUCCGAUGCUUUGUCACCUAGUCCAGAAACAAAUUAUUCACCGACAUUCCCCACCCUUACACAUCCAGAUUUGAAUUACCAGCCAGGUUAUUACAUUUACAAACCGCCACCAGAAAUACACAUUCCGUUAAGUCAUUAUCAAGAUUUUAGUCCUCCUGGAAAUGUGUACAAGCCAGCUAACUAUUUCUACCAGUACCCACAACGAAAUCCCGCAAAAGGCAAAUAUAAAAUUAGCCCAUCACCUUUUAGUAAACCUAAUCGAGGUGAUGCAUCAUCUGGUGAUUCAAAAGAUGGUGUUGGUGUGCCGAAAUCUGGUGAUUCAAAAUAUGGUCCCAAUACACCAAAAUCGAAAAUACCAUAUACGGGUAUACCGAAGGAAUGGGAGCAAUACCUACCUCAAAUCAUUUCUUUAUUAAACGAAGAUUCUCAGUCGUCAAAGCCGUCACAAGAAAUACCAAGUAUACCAAAAGAAUGGGAGCAAUACCUACCUCAAAUUAUUUCUUUAUUAAACGAAAUAUCUCCGUCGUCAAAGCCGUCACAAGCUUCAAGUUUUACGACUAAUGAGGAAAAAUUACCUAAGGUUAAAACACCCAUACAACAUACCCAUGAGGGACCACAUUCAGAUUCAGUUCUAGCUAAAAACGAAUCCGUACUUCUCGGAAAUGAAAAACCGAAGAUUGAAAUAUCCCAUGAGACCCCGCCAGAAAGGAAAAGCCAUCACCGAUCUGAAAUUACACCUUUUAUGAGCGGUGGUUAUGGAUUACAAGAAACAUAUGGAACUAGAAAAGCAACCAAUGAACACAAUAAUUAUCCAUCUAUGCGGACAAGCCAACGGCGAAAAGGAAAACAUACUUUAAAUUAUUAUGGUCAUUAUCAAAAAUUAUUGAAGCAAAAACAAGAUCUUAAUGCAACCCCGGGAUCAAGGACAAUAAUUGACAAAUCUAGGAAGACAUCUCAGGAACACGAAAAAGGGUUUUCAGAACAAAAUCGCCCAGGCACAUAUAACAAUCGAGAACAUAAAAUUUAUUCAGGCCCCAUUUAUCUAAAUAUGAGUAAGCCAAUCAAAGGCGAAGGAGGAUUUAGUGUUUAUCGAAAUGGUGCUGAUGUUGCAUUGGACAACUUCUUAAAGGAAAAUAAAGGUUCUAUCUUAAAAAAUGAUACUUAUUAUACCAUAUCAUCAAACAUGGGAUUACCAAUAGGUUUAAAAAUGUUCAAAUAUCCCUUUAAUGAGACUCAUAUUGCUAACAAAAGCAUAUCAAUUAGUCUUCACCCAAAACCAUCAGAAUUGGUCAAAGAAAAAGAUAUCUCAAAAAUAAACGAUGUACAGUUCCGAAUAUCGGCAGACGGAAAAGUCACUCCCCAACCCACAUUUAGAUCAAAAGCGAAGAGAGGAAUCGGCGGUACAACUGUGGCGCAAUUCAAACCCAGUGGUAAAACAUUCAUAAUAAAGGACAAUCGUUUGGCGUCGUGUAAUGGGGAAAUAUCACCAGAAACCGGCGAAUGCAAUAGAAAGCUGAUUCCAUUAGUCCGCCACAGUGUCACAGAUAACUGUUACAUUAAUGAUUUUCCGAGAGUUGCAGACUUCGUUUGUUUGUCUUCAAGUCCCGAACCUGAACCCAUUUAUAUGACCUACUACAGCAACCGGCUUUUAUGCGAAACAAACGCUUCCAACGCCAAUUUCAAAACUUACGACAGUUUUAAUCGAGACUGUGCCGAACAUGCCACAAAAGCCACUUACAAAUAUUACACGAAUGGACCUGUAGACGAGAGUGCCAACUGCACGAGAGGGAAUCCAAAAGUGUGUACUUUCGAAGAGAAUCUAGUACUAAAAGAGGGAUCUGGAAAUGUUCUCAAUUGAUAAUUAGUUCCCAGUAUUCUGUAGAAAAUAAAUUUAACAAUAUAAUGGUUUUUAGUUUAAUGCACCAUUGAACUAAACUCCUCGCCAAAAUGGUCGCAUAUUUUUCGAAACGAAGUAAAUGCAAAUUUGUAGUUGUCUAAAUUUUAAUAUCGUGAAGCCUAAUAUCUGCAGGAAGUUAAUCAAUACAUAUUUUUAUUAUUAACGUAAAACAACGCAAAAUAUAC